AUGGCUUCCAAAAAUUAUUAUUCAUUUGCGGCACUCUUUAUAACUAUACUCACCUGCAAUUUCCCACAGGCUUUUGCUGAUUCCAUUCAAGGAUGUGGCGGAUUUGUUGAGGCGAGUUCCUCGUUGAUAAAAUCAAGGAAGUCAACUUCAGCGAAAUUGGAUUAUUCUCAUGUUACUGUUGAGCUUCGGACUUUGGAUGGUUUAGUUAAGGACAGCACCCAAUGUGCUCCAAAUGGUUACUACUUCAUUCCAGUUUACGACAAGGGUUCUUUUGUGAUUAAGAUCAAGGGACCUGAAGGAUGGUCAUGGGACCCAGAACAAGUUCCUGUUGUCGUUGAUCACACUGGUUGCAAUGCAAAUGAAGAUAUAAAUUUUCGGUUUACUGGGUUUACCAUAGGUGGAAGAGUUGUGGGAGCAGUUGGUGGGGAUAGCUGUUCAUGUAAAAAUGGAGGUCCAUCUAAUGUAAACGUCGAGCUAUUGUCUCCCAGUGGAGAUGUUGUGUCUUCAAUUAUAACAUCGUCAACAGGGAGUUACUCAUUCACAAACAUCAUUCCAGGAAAAUACACAAUACGUGCUUCUCAUAGUGAUUUGAAGAUUGAGGUCAAGGGUUCUACCGAGGUGGAAUUAGGGUAUGAAAAUGGUGUGGUUCAAGAUAUUUUCUUUGUUUCUGGCUAUGAUAUUCGCGGAUUUGUGGUUGCUCAGGGAAAUCCCAUAUUGGGAGUUCAUAUUUACUUGUACUCAGAAGAUGUCUUAGAGGUGGAUUGCCCCUAUGGCUCUGGUAAUGCACCUGGACUGGGAAAAGCUCUUUGUCAUGCUGUCUCUGAUGCUGAUGGGAUGUUCAAGUUUAAAUCAAUACCUUGUGGUAUCUACAAACUUGUACCCUUCUACAAGGGUGAUAACACGGUUUUUGAUGUUUCACCUCCUUCAUUGUUGGUGUCUCUUUCGCACGAUCACGCUAUAAUCACUCAGAAGUUUCAGGUUACUGGAUUCUCUGUUGGGGGUCGUGUUGUCAAUGGAAAUGGUGAUGGAGUGAAUGCUGCAAAAAUUAUAGUAGAUGGCCAUGAAAGGUCAAUAACCGAUAAAGAAGGACAUUACAAACUUGAUCAGGUUACGUCUAAAAGAUACAGGAUUGAAGCUAAGAAGGAGCACUAUAAGUUUGAAGUUCUGAACGACUUUUUGGUUUUGCCGAACAUGGCGUCAAUUUCUGAUAUAAAAGCAGUAUCAUAUGACAUAUGCGGCAUGGUGCAUACAAUUAGUAAUGACUAUGGGGCUAAGGUGGCAUUGACUCAUGGACCAGAGAAUGUCAAACCGCAAGUUAAAAAGACUGAUGAAAAUGGGAAAUUUUGCUUUGAGGUUCCACCUGGUGAAUAUCGCUUAUCUGCAUUUCCAGCAACGCCUGAUACUGCUCCAGAACUUAUGUUCUCUCCACCUCACAUUGAUGUCUCAGUCAACAGUCCUUUACUAGGUGUCAAAUUUUAUCAGGCACAAGUAGAUGUCCGUGGCUCAGUAGUCUGCAAGGAAACAUGUGGUUCUUCUGUUUCAGUUAUGCUUCUAAAAAAGGAUGGUAGAAGUAAAGAAGAGAUGACAAUUAGUUUGACUGAUCAGAGUAGUGAAUUUUCAUUUUCCAAUGUCCUCCCAGGAAAAUACAGCAUUGAGGUCAAAAACUAUUCCCCUGCAACCAUGUCAGGAGAUGAUAUAUGGUGCUGGGAACAGAGUGCUAUUGAUUUGGAUGUGGGUGCUGACAAUGUUGAAGGGAUUACUUUUGUUCAAAAAGGCUAUUGGGUCAGUGUGACUUCCAGCCAUGGCGCGGAUGCUUACCUGAAUCAACCAGAUGGUUCUCGUGUGGAUUUGAAAAUAAAGAAAGGUGCACAGCGCAUUUGUCUGAAGUCUCCUGGUGUGCAUGAACUCCACUUUGUAGACUCGUGUAUUUCUUUUGGGAACUCCUUCUUGAGAAUUGAUACAUCUAAUCCAUCGCCCAUUUAUUUAAAAGGAGAGAAAUAUCUUCUCAGUGGACAUAUAAAUGUUGAUACUAAUUCAGUCGGUGGUGAUGAGAAUUUACCUGAUCAUAUACCCGUGGAUAUGUUAGACAAUGAAGGAACUGUUCUCAAUGGUACCACUGCCAGACUUGUCUCCCGUGGAAUUGAUCAAUCAACUGCUGCUAUCUACGAAUAUUCAGUGUGGGUUAAUUCUGGUGAAAAACUCAUCUUUGUCCCUCGAGACACGCGGAAUGGAGGAAAGAAAAUUUUGUUUUACCCAAGACAACAAUAUGUUUCAGUGACACAAGAUGGUUGCCAAGCUCCGAUUUCUCCAUUUUCUGGUCGGCUGGGGUUAUAUAUUGAAGGAUCAGUUUCUCCUCCACUCUCUGAUGUUCAUAUAACAGUUACUGCUGAGAGAGAAAGCCAUAGCGCUUCACUUAAGCAAGGAGAUUUAGCUCUUGAAACCAGUACGGGGAUGGAUGGUUUAUUUGUUGCAGGACCUCUAUAUGACGAUAUAACUUACACCGUUGAGGCAUCAAAGCCUGGUUAUCACGUAAAGCCAGUUGGACCACAUUCCUUUUCUUGUCAGAAGUUCAGUCAAAUUUCUGUGCAGAUAUAUUCUAGAGAAAACAUGGACGAGCCUUUCCCUUCUGUUCUUUUAUCAUUGAGUGGUGAAGAUGGAUAUAGGAACAAUUCAGUAACUGGUGUUGGUGGAAUGUUUACGUUUGAUAACUUGUUUCCAGGGAGUUUCUAUCUUCGACCUUUAUUGAAGGAAUAUGCUUUCUCUCCUCCCACUCAGGCAAUUGAACUUGGCUCUGGAGAAUCCAGGGAAAUUGUCUUUCAUGCCACUCGUGUUGCUUAUAGUGCCAUUGGCAGAGUAACUCUCUUGUCUGGUCAGUCUGUAGAAGGUAUCUCAGUGGAAGCUAGGGCGGAGUCAAAAGGAUUUUAUGAGGAGUCUGUAACAGAUUCAUCAGGCAGUUAUCGCCUAAGGGGACUCCAACCUGAUACUACCUACAUAAUAAAAGUAGCAAGGAAGGGUGAACUUGAUAGAACACACAUUGAACGUGCAUCUCCGGAAUCUGUUACUGUUAAGGUUGAUCACGAGGACAUAAAAGGAUUAGAUUUUGUAGUCUUUGAACAGCCAGAAACCACUAUUUUAAGUGGCCAUGUUGAGGGAAAAAAGAUCAAGGAGCUGAAUUCGCAUAUCCGGGUGGAAAUCAGGUCAACUAGUGAUCCGUCAAAGAUUGAGUCCAUCUUUCCCUUGCCAUUGUCAAAUUUCUUUCAGGUGAAGGGCUUGUCGAAGAGCAAACACCUCCUGCAGCUCAAAUCUGCUAUGCCGUCCAGUGCUCAUAAAUUUGAAUCUGAAGUUAUUGAGAUCGACUUAGAGAGGCACCCUCAAAUUCAUGUUGGUCCCUUAAGCUAUAGAAUCGAAGAGGACAUCCAUAAACAGGAAUUGACACCGGCUCCUGUAUAUCCUCUCGUUGUUGGAGUUUCAGUGAUCAUGCUCUUUAUUUGUAUGCCAAGAUUGAAGGAUUUAUACCAAGCUGCGAUGGGGUCCAUUUCAGGGUCAUCCUCGACUGCAAAGAAAGAGGUUAGAAAGUUGGUUGUGAGGAAAAAAACGUACUGA